AUGCGUACCAUGGCGUCCAAGCAGCAACCCGCACAAGCCAAAGGUCUCAAGGCCUUACCCACCUCAGCCUUCUUCUCCGACAACCCCGAUAAGGCAUGGACUGAGCGCAUGAUCCUGGCUCAAAGCGGCUUCUGGAUGAGCGCCGUGGGCCUGGUCAUGCUUACCGGACUCAUCCACCGCCUCCAAGAACUCGACCUCUUGCUAUUUUCCAUCACGGUGGCGGCACCGCCCGUACUACUGCCCCUGCUCUCCUCCACCCGACCCGAUAGAGAUGUACCCUGGUUCAAGUGCUACUGGGCCAAGUUCAACGUGUGGAUUGCCAUCCUGGUGGCCUUUGGCACCUACUUUGGCUCCCACUACUUCUUCGAUCUGAUGGGGAUGCGGUACACGUUCAACGUUCGCUGGACGUUUGACUCGCACAUCCUCGGCCACAGCGGGCAGAGAGUGCCCGUUUUCAUGUAUCCUCUCACCCAUGCCUACUUUGCCACCUAUUACACCCUUCUCGUCGUCUGCGAGCGAGCAUUGGUGCGCUGGCUCCAGCCCGCUCUUUUCGCCCGCACCCUUAUCGUGUGCGGUCUUUCGUACGCGCUUGCGUUUGCCGAGACGUUCUUGAUGGACACGGAACUCAUGACGGGCCUCUUCUCCUACGAAAAGCACGGUCGCAUGCUGUCGGUAGGAUCUCUGGGGUACGCCUCGUACUUCCUCGUCGGACUACCCAUGGUUCGGCGCAUAGACGAAGGCGAACGGUGGCCCAUGACAAAGGUGAUUAUCGACGCGCUGGCCGCGUGCAUGGCCAUCCUGGUGCUGCUUGAGGCGUGGGCAAAGGUUAUGGGACCACUGUAA